AUGGCCACAAACUCCGUCCGAAGAUUUACGCUCUCGGGCGCCUCCCGACUCCGCGCGUCCCCUGUCCCCAAAUGCAGACAGUUCACGAAACCCCACCAGAGUUUCCGCUGCGCAUCAGACAGCAGCGCCGCGGCCGCAAGCGAAAGGGCUGCAUCCGCAACAGCAGCGGCUGCGGAAACAGCCAAGGAGGCACCGAAGAAAGCCGGACGGGGUCUCCGGCGUACAGUGAUAGGAACAUCAUUGGCCCUGACGCUUUUGGUUGGAUAUGUGUAUUGCACGGACACGCGGGCGAGCAUCCAUCGGUACGGUGUUGUGCCGCUGAUUCGAGCGGUCUAUCCUGAUGCGGAGGAUGCGCAUCACUCUGGGGUUGAUGCGUUGAAGACUCUGUACAAAUACGGGUUGCACCCGCGGGAGCGCGGAGAUCAGGAUGGGGAUGGGGCUUUGGAGAUUGAGGUCUUCGGAUACACACUCUCCAACCCUAUUGGAAUUUCGGGUGGUCUUGACAAGCAUGCUGAGAUCCCUGAUCCGUUAUUCGCAAUCGGUCCUGCUAUUGUCGAAGUCGGAGGCACCACUCCUCUGCCGCAGGAUGGUAACCCGCGCCCUCGAGUCUUCCGACUGCCGUCCCAGAAGGCUAUGAUCAACCGGUACGGCCUCAACUCGAAGGGUGCGGAUCAUAUGGCGGCAGUUCUAGGACAGCGGGUUCGUGACUACGCUUAUGAGAACGGGUUCGGGCUACAUGACCAGGCGGAGCAGUGUGUGCUUGAUGGCGAGGCUGGUGUUCCCCCAGGCAGUCUUCAGGCUGGCAAGCUUCUCGCCGUCCAAGUAGCGAAGAACAAGGUUACUCCGGACAACGACAUCGAGGCUAUUAAGCGGGACUAUGUGUACUGCGUGGACCGCGUGGCCAAAUAUGCCGAUAUCCUCGUUGUGAACGUCUCGAGCCCCAACACACCUGGUCUUCGCGAUCUCCAAGCAACCGCUCCCCUCACAGCUAUUCUCAAAGCUGUUGUCGGAGCCGCAAAGAGCGUUGACCGCAAGACCAAGCCAUACGUGAUGGUCAAGGUGAGCCCAGACGAGGACUCAGACGAGCAAGUCUCCGGUAUCUGCGAGGCCGUCCAGGCCGCCGGCGUCGACGGCGUGAUUGUCGGAAACACGACGAACCGUCGUCCCGAGCCUCUACCCCAAGGUUACACUCUCCCGCCCACGGAGCAGUCGACAUUGAAGGAGACCGGCGGGUACUCUGGCCCACAGCUGUUCGACCGAACGGUCGCUCUCGUCUCUCGCUACCGGGCAAUGUUGGACGAGGCACAGAAGUCGCCGGAAAACGCCGGAAGCGCCAAGGAAUCAGCAGCAACCGCUACGCAUGCCGAGCCUGAUUCGGAAAACAUUCCUCCUGUGGAAGCGCCAAGUGCUGAGCUUCCGCGCAAGGUCAUCUUCGCUUCCGGAGGUAUUACCAAUGGUAAGCAGGCUCAAGCGGUCUUGAAUGCUGGCGCUUCUGUUGCCAUGAUGUAUACCGGUGUCGUAUAUGGCGGAAGUGGCACAGUCACGAGAGUCAAGCAGGAGCUGCGGGAGGAACGACAGUAG